AUGGGUCAGGCACCGAGCGGGCAGAGCGGGCGACCGGGAGGAAACAAUGAUAAGAACAAGAAGGACCAGCAGAAGAAGUGGGAGCCGCCGCUGCCGACACGAGUAGGCAAGAAGAAGAGAAAGGGACCAGACGCCUCGACGAAGCUGCCGGCUGUGCAUCCAAACACGCGAUGCAGGCUCAAGCUGCUCAAGAUGGAGCGCAUCAAAGACCACCUCCUUCUCGAGGAAGAGUUUGUCCAUAACCAGGAGCGCCUCAAGCCGCAGGAGGACAAGGCGGCCGAAGAGCGGAAUCGGGUCGACGACCUCCGAGGAAGCCCAAUGGGUGUCGGCACGCUCGAAGAGAUCAUUGACGAUGAUCACGCCAUUGUUAGCAGCGCAACGGGACCAGAGUACUACGUCAGCAUCAUGAGCUUCGUCGACAAGGACAUGCUCGAACCUGGCUGCAGCGUCCUGCUCCAUCACAAGGCCAUGGCCAUUGUUGGUGUUCUCAGCGAUGAUACCGACCCCAUGGUUAGCGUCAUGAAGCUCGACAAGGCGCCUGCCGAGAGCUAUGAGGAUGUGGGAGGUCUCGAGCAGCAGAUUCAAGAGAUCAAGGAAUCGGUCGAGCUUCCGCUCACGCAUCCAGAGCUGUACGAGGAGAUGGGCAUCAAGCCUCCGAAGGGUGUCAUUUUGUAUGGUGUGCCUGGUACGGGCAAGACAUUGCUGGCAAAGGCCGUGGCCAACCAGACGUCGGCCACCUUCCUCCGUGUCGUUGGAUCCGAGCUCAUUCAAAAGUAUCUCGGAGAUGGACCUAAGCUUGUUCGAGAGCUCUUCAGGGUCGCUGAAGAGCAUGCGCCCAGCAUCGUCUUCAUCGACGAAAUCGAUGCGAUUGGAACCAAGAGGUACGACUCGUCGAGCGGAGGAGAGCGAGAGAUUCAGAGGACGCUUCUUGAGCUCCUCAAUCAGCUCGACGGUUUCGACACGCGGCACGACGUAAAGGUCAUCAUGGCUACGAACAAAAUCGAGUCUCUGGAUCCCGCACUCAUCCGACCUGGCCGAAUCGACCGAAAGAUUGAAUUCCCCAUGCCAGACGAAAAGACCAAGAUGCACAUUUUCCGCCUGCACACGAGCCGGAUGAAUCUCGACGAAGACGUCAAGCUGGAAGAAUUUGUUGCAAUGAAGGACGAGCUCAGUGGAGCCGACAUCAAGUCGCUCGUGACCGAGGCGGGUCUCUUGGCUUUGAGAGAGAGAAGGAUGCGGGUCACGAAGAAGGACUUCACCACGGCUAGGGAGCGCGUCAUUGACCGGAAGCAAGGCUCGGAGCCCGCUGGCUUGUACCUGUAG